GAGCAAAAGACGAAGAACCCUCCACCAAUCGAACGUGAGCACCGCCCCUUCUGCUAGUAGAGGUUGGUCGACAUCAGAAAAGUGAAAGAAAUCUUAAAAAUUGACUUGAAAGACAGAAAUAUGUCAUCUGGAGCUCUGUUCCCUAGCUUGGUGUCCGGAUCCCGGGGCUCAUCGAGCAAAUACCUGGUGGAGUUUCGUGCUGGAAAAAUGACCCUGAAGGGCAGUACCGUGACCCCUGAUAAGCGCAAAGGACUUGUGUACAUUCAGCAGACAGACGAUUCGCUCAUCCACUUCUGCUGGAAGGACAGAUCGACGGGGAAUGUGGAAGACGACCUGAUCAUUUUCCCUGAUGACUGCGAGUUCAAGAGGGUCAGUCAGUGCACUACAGGCCGUGUUUUUGUGCUGAAGUUUAAAGCUGGCUCCAAAAGACUCUUCUUUUGGUUGCAGGAGCCCAAGACAGAUAAAGAUGAGGAGUACUGCAGGAAAGUAAAUGAAUACCUCAACAACCCACCAAUACCCGGUACUCUGGGGAGUGGAGGCGGCAGCAGCCACGAGCUGUCUGCUCUUGGAGGUGAAGGUGGCCUUCAGAGUCUUCUUGGUAAUAUGAGCCACAACCAACUGAUGCAACUCAUAGGACCAACUGGACUCGGUGGACUAGGCGGUCUGGGAGCUCUGGCAGGACCAGGUCUGGCCAGCCUGCUAGGAAGUGGAGUUCCAGCUACUAGCAGCUCAUCUUCCAGCUCUCGUAGUCAGUCCACUGCUGCCACUCCAUCAUCCACCUCGGCCCCCACGCGACUCGGCUCCUCCCAAGUUCCAACCACACCCAUAACUCCAUCUGCGACAGUUGCAGCCUCACCCGCAGCCACCCCCAGCACACCUGCAGCUCCUUCUGUCUCUGCUGGAGCCACCAGCCCAUCUCAACCCAUCCAACUAAGUGACCUACAGAGCAUCUUAGCAACAAUGAAUGUGCCUUCAGCAGGACAAGGAGUGGACCUUGCAAGUGUCUUAACCCCUGAGAUCAUGGCCCCAAUUUUUGCCAAUGCAGAAGUGCAGCAAAGGCUCCUGCCAUAUCUCCCAUCUGGAGAAUCCCUACUCCAAAGCACAGAAGAACUUCAAAACACUCUAACCUCGCCGCAGUUUCAGCAGGCUAUGGGCAUGUUCAGCAGCGCGCUAGCAUCGGGGCAGUUAGGGCCUUUGAUGAAUCAGUUUGGAUUGCCUACAGAAGCUGUAGAGGCGGCCAAUAAAGGAGAUGUGGAAGCAUUUGCCAAGGCCAUGGAAGGUGAAGGCAAGUCGAAAGAAGGAGGAGACAAGAAAGAUGAUGAGGAGGACAUGAGUUUGGAUUAGGCAACUCUCUACAUGAGCUUCUUUUCUGCCUUUAUCAAUUUAACUUUUUCUUACUGUAGAGCUUCCAGAGCAUCAUGAGGUCAAGCUAAAUGUCAUGUUAAAGGUGAUCUUUGUAUUUUUUUAUGUUAAAGGGAUAGCUCAUUCUAUCUUUUUUACUCGCUCUUGAGUCUUCAAAACACAAUUUUUUUUUUAAAUGAAACCUGAGAGGUUUCUCUUCCUUGAUUAAAACUCUGGGUAACCAAAAAUCAGGAUAAAGCGAUCAAAUCUCUUCACAAGACAUAGAUUAAACUGCUUGGAAGGAUUUGAUAAGGAUUUACAACCUUUUUGGAUGUUUUACAUCAUUUUGGUUACCUGGACUUGUGUUUCAAAGAUUAACCAAAGUCUUGUGAAUUUGGAAGUAUCAGGGUGAGUAAAUGAUAACAUUUUGGGGUGAACUAUCCCUUUAAACAAUUCAUCCUGUCCCAGUCGCAGUGUAACACAAGUAGCGACAGAUGUUUUUAUCCGUAUUGUGAUGUAGUUAAAAAAUACAGUUGAGAUGAGAAUCGGCAAAAUGUUAAUUUGUUUACCAAAAUAAGACGGAUCAUACAAAAUGUAUGUUAUUUUUUAUUUAGUACUGACCUGAAACAGAUAUUUCACAUAAAAGAUGUUUCACAUAAAAAGCAUUUAUAAGAGAAAAUAAUAGUUGAAUUUAUAAAAAUGACAAAAGUUUACACACUUCAUUUUUAAUACUGUGUUGUUACCUGAAUGAUGCACAACUAAGUUUUUUUUGUUUAGUCAUAGUUUUUUGUGAGUCCAUUGUUUGUACUGAGCAGUUUGUCCUGCCUGCUGUUCUUCUAAAAAAUCCUUCAGGACCCACAAAUUAUUUGGUUUUUCAGCAUUUUUGUGCAUUUGAACCCUUUCCAGCAAUGACUCUAUGGUUUUGAGAUUCAUCUUUUCACACUGAGAGACUUAUAUGCAACUAUUACAGAAGGUUCAAACGCUCACUGAUGCACCAGAAGGAAAAAUGAGGCAAUUAGAGCUGGGGGAUGAAAACUUUUGAACAUAAUGAGGAUAUGUACAUUUUUCUUAUUUUGUCUAAAUAUCAUAUUUUUUUUCAUUUAGUACUGCCCUUCAAAGGAUACAUGUUUCCCAGAAGACAAGAGUUAAAUUUAUUUUGAUUUUCAAAUUCAAAAAAUUUUGCAUUGUGUUUCCUUCUGGAGCAUCAGUGAGCAUUUGAACCUUCUGUAAUAGUUAUGAGAGUUGUCCUCAGUGUGAAAAGAUGGAUCUCAAAAUCAUACAAUCGUUGGAAAGGGUUCAAAUACACAAAAAUGCUGAAAAACCAAAGAAUCUGGAAAGAUUUUUCAGACAGUUUUAACUGUUCAAGGGACUCAUGAACUAUCACCAAAAAAAAAAAACAAACAAAAAAAAAAAACAGCUGUGGAUCAUUCAGGUAGCAACACAGUAUUAAGAAUCAAGUGUAUGUGAUUUUUUUAAAGAGGGUUAUUUUUAUAAAUUCAACUAUUAUUUUCUCUUCUGGACUAUAUGUAAACGUCUUCCAUGUGAAAUAUCUUAUUCAGGUCAGUACUAAAUAUUUUGCAUGAUCCCUCUUAUUUUGGUCAAAUAAUCAACAUUUUGGAGAUUCUGUAAGGUGUUUAAUGUACAGUGUGGUGCUUUCACACUGCACACUAAUGGUAUUGGGGUGGGACUACCUUUGUAACCGAACAAUAGAAAUUUCACAUUUCUCUUUAAAUCAGGAGGUCUUACAGAGUUAUUAAAACCCUUUUCCAAAUAAAGAAACUUGCAUCAACAUA